AAACGCACGCAACGCAACGCAACGCAAACGCGUCGAGUGUGAAUUUUUCAUCUUUUUUUGAAAUUAAUUUACAAUUUAAAUUCGUCGACUAAGGACUGCAAAAUAUAAAAAGCUUGAACGGUGCGAUCUUUGGUGUCAAAGCAACGCGAGAUGUCGUCAACUCUGCUUCGAAUCCCGCUGCUUGUGUUGCUGCUUCUUCAGCUUCAGCUGAGCUCGGCAAGAAUCUUUGAGCGUUGUGAAUUAGCUGGACUCCUGCAGCAACGCUACGGAUUGCCCCCAGCUCAGGUGGCCACCUUGGUCUGCAUUGCCCAGCACUCGAGUGACCUCAACACUGCAGCCUUUGGCGGUGGCAGCGGUCCAGGUGGAGGCUCCCACGGCAUCUUCCAGAUCAGCGAUGUCUACUGGUGUUCACCACCGGGUCAGGGUGCGGGUUGUGGCUUGAACUGUGCUUCGUUGCGGGAUGAUGACAUUGCCGAUGAUGUUUUGUGUGUGAGGAAGAUCUUUGUCGAGCAUCAACGCAUCUCGGGCGAUGGCUUCACAGCUUGGCAGGCUUACGGAGCUUAUUGUCGCCAGGAUGCGUCUUCGUAUGUGAGUGGAUGUGGCUUAGCGGCUGCUCCUCACAAAGCGUUGCAAGUGGCUGCUUCGUAUCAGCAACCACAGCAAGCAACAACAGCUGUUGGCUAUCAUCAACAGCAGCUUUAUCAACCAGUUGCCCAGUCCUAUCAUCGACCUCAGGUUCAAGGCAAAAUCUACAGUCGCUGCGAACUCGCUCAGGAACUUUACUAUCAACACAAGCUGCCCAUGCAACAGAUUCCCACCUGGGUGUGCAUUGCCCAGCACGAAUCCUCUUACAACACAGCAGCUGUGGGUCGCCUCAAUGCGGAUGGCAGCGCUGAUCACGGAUUGUUUCAGAUCAGCGAUCUCUUCUGGUGCACACACGAUCAGCGCGGGGGCAAAGGAUGUCGCGCCUCUUGCGAUCAGUUCCUCGACUCGAGCAUUGCUGAUGAUGUGCAGUGCAUUCGUCGCAUUCACGAGGAGCACACGCAAAUCUCCGGAGAUGGCUUUACUGCGUGGACUGUUUACAAUCGCGAUUGUCGCAAUCAGCACUACGAACAGGUCGCUGCUUGCUUUGCCAAGCCUCAGGUGGUCUCCCAUCAUCCGAAUGCCAUUGAACAUUCGGGAGGUGGUAAAAUUGGCAGCUAUGCUUAUCAGGCGGCAACCACGCCCAAUCCUUACUACCGCCCCAGCACGAAGGUUGUCUCGUAUCAGGCCACCUCCAGCUAUCAGGGUAAUCCCUUUUUACGUCCUCGUCUGCCUCAGUCUUCGUCGGCUCAGUCACAUCCCAAUGCAAUUGGCUUUGCUCAGAAACCACAUCAAGUGACUCCCGCAAAUCCUUUGCUCAGCUACAAGCAACAACAACAACACACAACACCUAAACAACAAUACUAUCAACAACAACUACACUAUCAACAGCAACAACUACACUAUCAGCAACAACAACAACACUAUCACACAACACUCAAGCGAGCUGGUAAAGUUUAUACACGUUGUGAAUUGGCCCAAGAGUUGUAUUUCUCACACAAGUUUCCCAUGCAGGAUUUAGCCACUUGGGUGUGCAUCGCCGAGCAUGAAUCCUCCUUUAACACGGCUGCUGUGGGUCGACUCAACACCGAUGGCAGCGAAGAUCACGGCUUGUUCCAAAUCAGCGAUCUCUACUGGUGCACACACGACGAGGGCAGCGGGGGCAAAGGUUGCAGCAUCGAUUGCAGUCGACUGCUCGACUCUGACAUCUCCGAUGAUGUGCAAUGCAUUCGGACUAUCCAUGAGGAGCAUACGCGCAUCUCUGGUGAUGGCUUCACUGCCUGGACUGUCUACAAUGGACACUGCAGGGAGCGCAAGCCAGAAGAGAUCGCCAGCUGCUUUGAGUCCGGUGAGCAGCCGAACAAGCUAAUCACAUCAGCUUCUCCCCAAUCUAAGCCCAAACCCAAACCCAAGCCUAAGCCCUCAGGGAAGAUCUACAAACGCUGCGAGCUCGCUCAGGAACUUUACUAUCGCCACAAGCUGCCCAUGCAACAAAUUCCCACCUGGGUCUGCAUUGCGGAGCAUGAAUCGUCCUUUAACACUGCGGCUGUGGGUCGCCUUAAUGCCGAUGGCAGCGAAGAUCACGGAUUGUUUCAGAUCAGCGAUCUCUUCUGGUGCACACACAACGAUGGGGACGGCAAAGCUUGUCACAUUGAAUGCGAUCGUCUGCUUGACUCGGACAUCUCCGAUGAUGUGCAAUGCAUUCGCACCAUUCAUGAGGAACACACUCGCAUCUCUGGUGAUGGCUUCAAUGCUUGGACUGUGUACAAUGGACACUGCAAGCAUCAAAGUCUCGCCCAGUUGAGCGAUUGCUUCCAGGGCAAUGAAAUUGAUGAGGCAAUAAGAGAGCGACCUCAACAACAGUCAACCGUAAAGAUCUCUGCAAGUUCAGCCCAAGUUAGCCAUGCGCCUGUCAAGCAAACAGUUGCCAAUCAUCCCUUCGGUUCAAAUCCUUUUCUGCAGCAAGUUCGUCCUGUCAAUAAAGCACCAACUCAAACCCCAAAACCACAGCAAUCAAGCGUAAAAAUAACCCCAACUCCACAGACUUCCAGUUCAUGCCAGAACAGUCUUUAUUGCUCGAAUCCAUUUCUUCAGCAAGUUCACCCACAGCAGAAGGUUCAUCCACAGCAGCCAGUUCACCCACAGCAACCGCAGAAGCAGCAGCCACGUCCUGAGAAAAUUAUUGAUCAUGUCACUGCAUCAAAGCCAAGCUACAAUCAAAAUCCAUUUCUAAGUCAGCUCAAAGCGCCAACUGGAAAUAGUAUUCGACAAUCUCCGCAACGCCAGCCCGUGAAACAGUCGGAACACAGCCAAGCCUAUCAAUCGAAUCCAUAUCUGAGUAUUCUAAGUAAACCUAAUAUUAUACCCAAUACAAAUAGACCAAAAACAAGUACAACUCUAAAGCCUGUCAGGCCAACAAAGGCCACACUUCAUCCAUAUGUCAACAGCGACAGCUUUCGUAACGAGAUUAUCAAGUUUACGGCAACAUCGUCCACAACAAACACAACUCCAAAAACAACGCCAAGACCUUCAACCACAGCGAAAACAUCAACUCGUCCAUUCACAACUGCAUAUCCUUUUACCAGCACAACGAGAAGGACACCAACGACAACAGCUGCGCCUUUUAAAUCGACUACAAAGCCAUCAACAACAACAAGAACUACACAGCAUACAGCAACCAGACCUACAACAAAAAGUUCAACCUUACAUACGACUACACAAAGGACUACAACUAGGUCAACUACACCAAGUUCAUCAAGUCGAUAUUCUACUACGAUUCCAGCUACUCGUCAAACAACAACUCGGCCCACAACAGCCAAUCGUUAUAAUGCAAUAACUUCAACUUACUUCACAACUCCAAAACCAACAACUACAAAGCACACGACAGCAAGAACCACAACUCGUCCAACAACUACGAGUUCCACAACAACGAGACCCACAACGAGACCCACAACAACGAGAACCACAACUCGUUCUACAACAAUUCGUUCUACAACAACUCGCUCCCAAAUAGCCAGCCAUUAUACUGCUUCGAAUUUUAAUUAUUUCACAACUCAAAAAACCAACAACUAUAACGCACACGACACCAAGAACUACUACUCGUCCAACAACAACGAGACCCACAACGAGACCCACUACAACGAGAACCACAACUCGUUCUACAACAACUCGUCCCCCAAUAGCCAGCCAUUAUACUGCAACGCCUUUUUACUUAUUUUACAACACCAAAACCAAAGCACACAACUACGUCAACAUUAGCGAGAACAACCACUCGUUCUACAACAACGAGAACAACUACUCGUUCAACAACACCGAGAUCUACAACAACAAGAA